AUGGGCACGCGCGCCGCGUCUCUGCCAACAUCCGGCCGCAAUUUGCCGCACAAUGAGAUGCUAUCAAUGGCGGAUGACUUCCGAUGUCCGCUUAGGCGCCCGCCCGCGGAGUCACGCACCGCUUCCUCGGCGCGCCGAGCAGGAAGCCUGGCCUCUGGCUCGGCCGCGGAACGCCUAGCCAGCCGUGGUCUGGCCGCGGUAGACCGGCUAGACGCUGCGAAGGCCUACUUCCCCACUCCCUAUAUGCGCAGUUCUAAGUGCUGU